GCCAGCCUGGCUGCCCGGCACCUGCCCCAGCCCAUCUCGCAGCGCCCCGGGCACUGAGCGGGGCUGGCAGCGCCCCUGUGCCGUGCCGCCGGCCGGCGGGAGCGGCCUCUCGCCCCGGCUCUCGGCAUGGCUGGGGCAGGGGCGCCGGACACCCAGGACCCUGAAGGCGCUGGGACAUGCCUGGAGGAUGUCCCCUCCCUCAAGGAAAUCGAGCAGCUCCUGAACACUGGGCGGCCCUCCUGCAAUCACGUUGAUGAAGUAUGGCCUAAUCUCUUCUUAGGAGACCUAGUAACAGCACACAAUAGAUUUGUUUUGUGGAAGAUGGGUGUGACCCAUGUUUUAAAUGCUGCCCAUGGAACAUCAUACAGCCACGGAGGCCAGGACUUUUAUGGAGCGACCAUUGAUUAUUAUGGUGUACCAGCCCAUGACCUGCCAAGCUUUGAUAUCAGCCAGUUCUUUUUCUCUGCUGCACAAUUUAUCCACAAUGCCUUGAACACGCCAGGAGCCAAAAUAUUGGUACAUUGUGCAGUUGGAGUAAGCAGAUCAGCUUCUCUAGUCCUAGCAUAUCUCAUGAUAAAUCACCACCUCACAUUAGUUGAAGCCAUCAAGACAGUGAAGGAGCAUCGAUGGAUUUCACCCAAUCGCGGUUUUCUAAAGCACCUGCGAAACCUGGAUGUUCAGCUACGGCAAAGGAAGGACUGCUGAACAGGCAACCCUAUCUACAUUCACUUUACUGAGUUUCACCCUUCAGAGCAGCUGUGCACAUACAACUUCCCAUGAUCAGUGCACAUUACAAAAAUGAAGACAGUUAUGCAUCAACAUAAAAGGCCAAGAGAAUGGUAAAUGGAUUAAUUCUGAUAACUCAGUCCCUCCAAAACCAGCACAGCCAACAGCAGCACUAAAACCACUGCACAGGGUGGAACUGCUGCACCUUGAGUGGUGCUACUGGAUGAAUCCACUGAAGUGGUUAAGACAGACCAAGUUUGUCCCUGGUUUCUGCUCAUGCCAGAGGCAAGUUCAAUAUUUGCAUCCAGCUGUAAAGGAUGUUUGAGUCCCCUUUACUUGGGAGUGUAACAUAAUCAUCUUUCUCUGUUUGGUUACAGUUCUCACAUGCAUGUUCUCUUAAGAAAAAUUUUGUGUUUCAGUUUCAGGCCUGAUGAUGUGACAAGGACAGUUUCUUGAGAGCCCAGGCACUCCUACAGAAACGUUCCUCUUUUUCUGGUCUGCUAAAUAUUAUGGUGUGUCAACCACAAGACACACACCAUCAGAAUAAAUGUUUGUGAUACUUCUGCAGCCUGAGUCAGCAAA